GGAGAGGCGGGUUGUGGCUGUGCAUCAUAUAUGUAAUAGAUAUAAAUGAUAUAAAUUAUGCAUAUAGCAAGGUUGGGUAGCUUAUCGUGUAAAGAAGGGUUAGAGUUUCAUUAAGAAAAUGAAGUGCCUGGCUCGCCCGGGAGCGGCGCCUGCCACCCAGCGCGGUGGUCUGAGUUAGAUCCCGGGACCCACUCGGUAGAGGAGAGGACUGAGUUUUGAAGGUUGCCCUCCCAGCCACCCCGCCCCCAGCGCCGCAGCGUGCGCCUCCCCCUUAAUGUGACAAGAAACUGAAGAAGAAAAAGCAGCCUUUGCUUGGAUUGAAGAGAGGGAGGGAAGGGGCAGAGAGAGCUAAGGAAAUGGCAGUGACACGCACCAAGCGUGGACAUCUGAAGAGACCCCCGUCGGGCUGACAGUCCUUGAGCGACGUGCCCCAGGCCGGCGGCCGAAGCGCCACCUCGGACUUUGGAGCCGCAUCCGUGCAAGCUCUUUAUUGUGACAGAUAAAGAAAGCGCAGCUCGCGCAGCUUCCCGGGGUUCGCUGGGAUUCUUCCCCUGGGUGUGCCCAACUCCAGAUGAACCCGGGCUUCCAAACCGCGGACUGUGGCUGGCGAAGUCCCGUGCUUCCUGAGCCUGGGGGGCGCGGGCGGGGGGCACCCCUAGCCUGGGGCCCGCGACUGCAGCGCGCCCGGCACACGGGGAUCCGUGGGCAGGCUGUCCUCGAAGGGAGAGGCGCGUCUCCGCGGGGACUGACGGGGGUGCCUCCCGCAGCGGCCAGGGCCUCAGAAGCCGAGCACCGCCUGUUCCAGUACCUGUUCGAAGAUUACAACGAGAUCAUCCGGCCUGUGGCCAACGUGUCCCAUCCGGUCGUCAUCCAGUUUGAGGUGUCCAUGUCUCAGCUGGUGAAGGUGGAUGAAGUAAACCAGAUCAUGGAGACCAACCUGUGGAUGAAGCAAAUCUGGAAUGACUACAAGCUGAAAUGGAAACCCUCUGACUACCAAGGGGUGGAGUUCAUGCGAGUCCCUGCAGAGAAGAUCUGGAAGCCAGACAUCGUGCUCUACAACAACGCCGAUGGCGAUUUCCAGGUGGAUGACAAGACCAAAGCUCUACUCAAGUACACGGGAGAAGUGACUUGGAUCCCUCCAGCCAUCUUCAAGAGCUCGUGCAAAAUCGAUGUGACCUACUUCCCGUUCGACUACCAAAACUGCACCAUGAAGUUCGGCUCCUGGUCCUACGACAAGGCGAAAAUCGACCUGGUCCUCAUUGGCUCCUCCAUGAACCUCAAGGACUACUGGGAAAGCGGCGAGUGGGCCAUCAUUAAGGCCCCGGGCUACAAACACGAGAUCAAGUACAACUGCUGCGAGGAGAUCUACCAGGACGUCACGUACUCACUGUACAUCCGCCGGCUGCCGCUCUUCUACACCAUCAACCUCAUCAUCCCCUGCCUGCUCAUCUCCUUCCUCACCGUGCUGGUCUUCUACCUGCCCUCCGACUGCGGCGAGAAGGUGACGCUCUGCAUCUCCGUGCUCCUCUCCCUCACCGUCUUUCUCCUCGUCAUCACCGAGACCAUCCCUUCCACCUCGCUGGUCAUCCCGCUGAUCGGGGAGUACCUCCUCUUCACCAUGAUCUUCGUCACCUUGUCCAUCGUCAUCACGGUCUUCGUGCUCAACGUGCAUUACAGAACUCCCACCACGCACACGAUGCCCGCUUGGGUCAAGGCUGUGUUCCUCGACCUGCUGCCCAGGGUCAUGUUCAUGACAAGGCCGACCGGCAGCGAGGGAGACACUUUGAAGCCCAGGGCCUUCUACAGCGCAGAGCUCUCAAACCUGAACUGCUUCAGCCGCGCGGACUCCAAGAGCUGCAAGGAAGGCUGCCCCUGCCAAGAUGGGGCAUGUGGCUACUGCCAGCACCCGAGGGUAAAAAUCUCAAAUUUCAGUGCCAACCUCACAAGAAGCUCCAGUUCGGAGUCUGUCGAUGCUGUGCUGUCCCUCUCUGCUCUGUCACCAGAAAUCAAGGAAGCCAUCCAAAGUGUGAAGUAUAUCGCUGAAAACAUGAAAGCACAGAACAUGGCCAAAGAGAUUCAAGAUGACUGGAAGUAUGUUGCCAUGGUGAUUGACCGCAUCUUUCUCUGGGUUUUCAUCCUGGUGUGCAUUUUAGGAACGGCGGGAUUAUUUCUUCAACCCUUGAUGGCCAGAGAUGACACAUAAAUUGUGACCCGUGUUCACAGAGGCUCGCCUGUGCUGAGGCGCAGGCAUGUUCUCAACGACAACAUGUUUUAUCCGAUCACCAGCUCUGAGUUUGCUAUUUCAGCAGUUAUUUUCAACUCACCUUGACUUUUGGUUAAAAAAAAUGUGGAAGAAAAACAUCUAGUUAUUUCUUAUGCAUAAAUGAACAUUUAGCUAGCCUUGCAGUUGAAACUUAACUAGAUAGGAAAAGUUUCUAUUCACAAAGGUUCCAUCCACUAGCUCAGUAGCUCUGUAGAUUUCCUCAUGGGUUUAGCCCACACCCUCCUUGAAAUUGUAGAGCAUCUCGGUCGUGCCCCCCCCACUUCUUUCUUACCGUCUUUCCCAAGUCCAAGGGCUGCACUUGUAUCUCAGUAUUUGUGUCAAGGCUACAUCCCUCAUCAUCAUACCCUGAGAAAUUACACCCGAUCUCACACUGUUAGUAAACUACCCUAGUCUGCUCAAGUGGCUAAUUUAGAAUAACAUCCCAUAGAUCCCUGCAAGACUUUAAUCCCAGCAGCAGGAAGCAGAGUCAGAGGCAGGCGGGAUCUUUGUGAAUUCGGGGCCAGUGUGGUCUAGAUAGUGAGUUCCCGACCAGCCAGGGCUGCAUAGUAAAACCUUAUCUCAAAACAACAAAAAUCCCACAAACUGGAAAACCUAUACAUAAAGUUCUUUCUCAUAGUUUACGAGCCUGAGAAGCCUAGGAUCAAGGUGCCAGCAAGACUGUCUGGGGAGGAAUUUUCCACAUAAAACAUACCUUCCAGUGUAUCUUCAAGUGGUUGAAAGGGCUAGUCUUUCUGGAGUCUUUUACAAGAGCGCCAAUUCCAUUCAUCAGGCGUGACCUCAUGACCUAAUAACAUCCCAAACAGAAUUGCAUGGUAGAUUCACACAUGAGCUGUAGGGAGCCAUUCAGCCACAGGAUGACCCAUCAGAGCUGGCCUUUACCACCUUCACUCUAGGGUUUGGCUCCAGAGUUGUGCUGGGUUGUGAGGUGUAGACUCAACAGCCCCGUGGUUUCUGCCCACUGGAUGCCAGUGGCCAGCCUGCUCGUCUUGGCUGUCAGGACACCCAGGAUGUAGAAGGACAUUGUCAAAACUGGCUCUGCCUGAGAAGCUAUUUGAACAAAUUGGGUUUCCAUAUUACACUUCUGGAUCUGAACCAUUUGAGUAUUCUUGCUAGCUGGUGUAUGUGUGUGUGUGUAUUUUUCUCUAUACGAAAAUAAAACCUGAAAAUUGCAGUUCACUGUGGCUCAUAUUUCACUGAGUCAAAAGAAAGUUCUGUGAAAUUUGUUCGCCUACAAAUGUCUCCAGUAGUGGAGCUAUAAGAGAUGAAGGAUAUAUACAGUCUAAAGUAGCUAACGAGCAAUCCACGUUAAACUAGGCUUUAUUAGUGCUCCCUCUAUAACAAAACAC